AUGAUACAACAAGCCCUGCAACAACAGCAGGAGCAACAACAUCUUCAACAACAACAACAAGCUCAACAACCACAGCCACAGCCACAAGUCCAACCACAACAGCCACAGGCACAGCCACAAGUCAGACAAGUAUCAGAUGAAGAGGUCUGGAGUGUAUUUGAUCAAGCAGUUAAGAGAAUGUUUAUGCAAUGGACUGCUCUACAGCUGGCCGUACAACAUGAGUGGGGCGGAAGAGGAUCGGAUCACAAGGCAGAAGAGAUGAGACAGGAUGUUCUGGAUCUAUUCCUAACAGGAAAGCCUGUGUACCCUGACAUGAUUGUCAGUAUCCUAGAGGAUGUGAUGUCCAACGACUUGAACACCGUGGCCGAAGAUGGAUCAUGUAGAGAGAUUGCCGAUCUCAUCAUUCAAGUGUUUGGACAUUGCGUCAAGGGAAUGUUCAACGAAGUCGUUCAGAUCAUUGGACCAGAGAUGACUGCCGCCGUCGACAGAUGUGUCAAGCCAGCUGGAAUGAAUGAGGACUCUGACUCUGAUACAGGUGGUGCCGACGACGAUGAUGAGAUGAUGGAUGACGAUUCACAGAUGGACGAUGAACCCGAGUCAAAGCCCAAGAAGAAUGAGCCAGAUGAUGAUGGAUGGGUCACUGUUGGACGCAAGGGAAGAUAA